AUGCCUGAGUAUCUCAAACCUCAGAAGAGGAUAUUGGGCGAUGCAAGCGUCAGCCGCAGAAACGUCCAGGUUCAAUCAACCUCUCCUACCUCUGCCAAAAAGCGAAAGCUCGAAACCAGUCUACCACAAGCUAAUAUUCAGGCACCGCAUUUAUUGUCUUCGCAAAAUGGACUCAAAAACUCAUUCGGGUCGGCUUCGCGGUCUCAACCCAAAAGCCAAUUCGUCGAGGAUGUGCUUGAGAAAUUAACUCAGGAUAUCGGCGACCUCAAGGAGAACAAUGCAGAGAAAGAUCAGGAAUGGGAACGUCCACCUCUGGGUGACUUUGACCCCUCUAGGGACAACCUAUGCUUUCAGCAGAUUGAUGUUCAGGAAGGUUAUUUAGGUGGGGGAACCGCCGUUAAAUUAUUUGGUGUCACAGAGAGCGGACACUCGGUACUUCUUCAUGUAACCGGUUUCAUGCACUAUCUCUACGUGGCCGCACCCGUGGCUUUCACCCAAGCUGAUUGUGCACCUUUCAGAGCCUAUCUCGAAGAUCAGCUGGCCAUCACAGAGCCAGUGAUCCAUUCUGUCCAGAUGACUAUGAGAGAAAACCUGUACGAGUUUCAAGGCAAUCAGCAGAGCCCCUACCUUAAAAUAACCGUGACAAAUCCAAAAUCCAUCGUCACCGUUCGGUCUACAAUUAUGAGUGGGUCGGCCAAUUAUAAAGGCAUGUGGAAAGGAAUUGAGGGUGAAAUUCUAACAUUCGACAACAUUCAAUACCUUUUGCGAUUUAUGAUUGAUACAGGGAUCUCGGGCAUGUCAUGGGUUGAGGUACCUGCAUCAAAAUACGAAAUUUUACCGCCGCACCAACGUCACUCAAACUGCCAAAUCGAAGCGUCAGUACAUUACCGUGACAUGAUCGCCCACCCUAACGAUGGCGAGUGGGCAAAAAUGGCACCUCUUCGCAUCCUAUCCUUUGAUAUUGAAUGCGCUGGUAGAAAAGGCAUUUUCCCUGAACCAAAUAUCGACCCAGUUAUCCAGAUUGCCAAUAUAGUCACUCGAUACGGCGAGUCGAAGCCUUUUGUCCGUAAUGUAUUUGUUAUGGAUACUUGCAGCUCAAUUGUCAACACACAGGUAUUGGAGUUCGACAAGGAAGAGAAAAUGCUGAUAGCAUGGAGGGAUUUCGUGGAAAAAGUUGACCCUGACGUUAUCAUUGGAUAUAACAUCGCCAAUUUCGACUUUCCAUACUUGCUGGAUCGAGCAGAACAUUUGGGCUGCACAAAGUUUCCUUAUUGGUCACGAUUAAAGGGCGUUCAGUCUCACGCGAUAAAGGCGUCCUUUUCUAGUAAACAAAUGGGCAAGCGGGACUCUAAAGCCACUAAUACCAACGGAAGAAUUCAGCUAGACUUGCUACAGCUGGUUCAACGGGACCAUCACUUGCGAAGCUACACAUUAAACUCUGUGUGUGCUGAAUUUCUGGGAGAGCAAAAGGAAGACGUUCAUCAUACUAUGAUAACUGAGCUCUACAAUGGGACACCGGACUCAAGAAGACGUCUCGCUGUCUACUGCUUAAAAGAUGCCUAUUUACCUCAAAGACUCAUGGACAAGCUAAUGUGUUUGGUGAAUUACACUGAAAUGGCAAGGGUGACGGGAGUACCGUUUAACUUUCUUCUUGCAAGGGGUCAGCAGAUCAAGUUCAUCUCUCAGCUUUUCCGAAAGGCGCUUGAACAAAAACUUGUCAUUCCUGAUCUGAAGAAUGAUGAGAAUAGUAACCAGCAGUACGAGGGGGCAACGGUUAUUGAACCUGUGCGAGAUUAUUAUCCUGUCCCCAUUGCCACCCUUGAUUUCGCGUCUCUAUACCCUAGUAUUAUCCAAGCGCACAACCUAUGUUACACGACUCUUUUAAAUAAACGCACUGUUGAAAAGCUGGGGUUGAAAAAGGGUGAAGAUUAUAUCGUCACGCCCAAUGAUGAUAUGUUUUGCACGGCCAAGGUUCGCAAAGGCCUUCUUUCCCAGAUUUUAGAGGAACUUCUUUCAGCAAGAAAACGGGCAAAACGGGAGUUGGCUGUUGAAAAGGACCCAUUCAAAAAAGCGGUGCUGAACGGACGACAGCUGGCGUUGAAAAUUAGUGCUAACAGUGUUUAUGGCAUCACUGGUGCCACGAAUGGCAAAUUACCAUGUCUCCCUAUUGCCAGUAGUACUACUAGUUAUGGGCGCCAAAUGAUUGAGAAAACCAAGGAUGAAGUCGAGGCCAGAUACACUAUAUCUAAUGGUUAUACGCAUGAUGCCAAAGUUAUAUACGGAGAUACUGACUCUGUCAUGGUCAAGUUUGGAACUAAAGAUCUUGCGGAAGCUAUGAAACUUGGUGAAGAAGCUGCAGGAUACGUGUCCUCCAAAUUCAUGAAACCGAUUAAACUUGAGUUCGAAAAGGUCUAUUAUCCGUAUCUUCUUAUUAAUAAGAAACGUUAUGCUGGGCUUUAUUGGACCAACCCGGAUAAAUAUGAUAAAAUGGAUACCAAGGGUAUAGAAACCGUCCGAAGGGAUAAUUGUCUUUUGGUACAAACUGUGAUUGAAACAGUUUUGAACAAAAUUCUCAUUGACCGGAAUGUUAGUGGAGCAGAAACUUACGUCAAAAACACAAUCUCAGACCUGCUUCAGAACAAGGUUGACAUGUCAAAACUGGUGAUUACUAAAGCCUUAACCAAGGAUAAAUAUUCGGGGAAACAAGCUCACGUAGAGUUGGUUGAACGUAUGAGAAAACGUGACGCUGGGUCUGCGCCCACUCUAGGCGACCGUGUUGCAUACGUUAUCGUUGGCGGCGCCGCAGGAGAUAAAAACUACGAAAAAUCUGAGGACCCAAUUUAUGUUCUCGAGAACAACAUUCCCAUUGAUACCAGGUAUUAUCUCGAAAACCAGCUUGCAAAGCCCUUGACUCGUAUCUUCGAACCUAUACUUGGCGAAAAGAAAGCUGCUCAACUGCUGAGAGGUGAUCAUACCCGUUCUAUUACCGUCGCGGCGCCAACUUUAGGAGGGCUAAUGAAGUUUGCCAAGAAGACACAAACUUGCAUGGGCUGCAAGAAACCACUGGUUGGUAAGGAAGAGAUGUUGGGUGCUGUGUGCGCCAACUGUCGGCCCAGACUUAGGGAACUAUACACACGAACUUUGAAUAAGGUAUCAGAACUGGAAGUCAGAUUUGGUCGUCUCUGGACGCAGUGUCAACGUUGUCAAGGCAGUUUGCAUGGCGAAGUCAUUUGUUCAAGUCGAGAUUGCCCCAUUUUCUACAUGAGGAUGAAGGCUAAAAAAGACGUCGAAGACUCAGAGAAAGAGCUCGCAAGGUUUGAUCACGACCCCGGUGCAUGGUAG